AUGACGACUCUACGUUCUUUCCGGUCCAUGGCGGCCCCUAUGCUGCUGUUCUCUUGUUUCUGUCUGCUCACAGGCGACAUGUUGUUUGGGUUUGACACCGGGAGCUUUGGUGGGAUUCUUGGUAAUCCGGGCUUCGUCAAUCAAUUUGGUACCUAUCAACCGGAAACGCAGACCUAUAAAAUCAGUUCUCUCAACACGUCCCUUUUGUCAUCUCUGGCAUUUAUUGGAAAGUUUUUUGGUUGCUUGGCUGCGGGCCCCGCGAUAGAGAAGUACGGACACCGCAUGGUGCUCUAUGCUCUCUCCGUUAUUUCGAUCAUUGGUGUCAUCGUUGAAAUCACCGCCGCUGAUAUUGGGCCCGGGACUGGACGCCUUGUACAGUUUAUUGUGGGCCGAAUUAUUGUAUACAUCUCUAUUGGUUUAGUAGAGGUUGAUGUGACAACAUAUCAGUCGGAGAUUGUCCCAGCCUCAUUCCGCGGUCUUGUUGUGGUCUCCUUGCAGCUCUUCCUUGUAGCAGGUAGUCUCGUUGCCAGUGGUGCCAACAAGGCUUAUGAGACUGAAUCGAGCGGAGUAGGCUGGAAGACAAUAACAGGAAUUCAGCUUAUAUUUCCUGUGUUGAUCAUUAUAUGCAGCAUCUUCAUACCGAACUCUCCCCGGUGGCUACUUUCUAAAGACCGAGAUGAGGAUGCUAUUGCAUCUCUACGUCGACUACGCCCCGAGGAAGAUGCAUCAAACGGCAAGUGCGAAGCAGAAAUCAGUGAGAUUCGAGAGGGUCUACGCGAAGUAGUACACAAAAGCGCGUGGAUAGACUUGAUCCGAGGAAGCAACCUCCGCCGCACCUCCAUCGUCAUUGUCUUCUACUUUUUUCAACAGGCCACUGGACAAGCAUUCGUAUCAACCUACCAGACAAAAUUCUACCAGCAGAACGGGUAUGCAGAAUACGCCUACACCUAUCCCCUUGCCAGUAGCGUUCUUGGUGUCGUCGCUGUGCUCGUGGCUAUGUGUUUUAUUGACAAGUUGGGCCGGCGGUAUACACUCUUCAUGAGCUACGCCUUUCAAGCCCUUUGGAUGUAUGUACUCGCAGGCCUGGGAGGGGUAGCCCAUCCGACCGCUGCUUCUCGAGAUGCCAUCGUAGCAGCCUUUAUGCUAUACCAGCUAUUCUAUAAUGCUGGUGGGGCCUCAAUCCCAUACCUAUUAGGAGCAGAAAUUCCAAAUGCCGCAGUCCGUGAAAAGACACAGUCGGUCGGAACUGCAUGGAACGUCAUUUGGGCGUUCGUGAUGAACUUCAUUAUCCCGUAUAUGAUGGAGCACAUCCACUUCGGUAUCGGGUGGGUAUUUGGCAGUGUCUCGCUUGUGGCCUUGCUGUAUACAUUCUUUUUUCUUCCAGAGACCAAGGGCCGUACCCUUGAGGAACUGGACGCUGUCUUUGCCCAUACGUAUGAUCCUUUCCGCAGGUCCAACGCGUAUUAUACCGACAAUGAAGGAGACUCCGUAUCUCCCAAAUGCUCCGAGGCGCCCAUUUACGUCAACCCAGUCUCCGUAAAUAAGUGA